AUUUUAUGAGCAGCAGGAUCCUCCCAUUGCGGAAGAGGGAGCGGCUUUAAUGAGAUAAAAGUGCGAGUUUUCAGUCGACUUUCACUUCAGACUCCCAUCUGACCUCCUGAAGCCGCAGAAGAACAGUUUAAACUACGUUAAAAUCAUGAGUUACGGUUACGGAGCUGCACCCGGAGGACAGCCCGGAGGGUUUCCUGGAGGAUUUCCGGGACAGCAGCAGGAUCCUCUGUUUGGGUACUUCAGUGCGGUGGCUGGGCAGGAUGGUCAGAUAUCUGCUGAGGAGCUCCAGGCCUGUCUAACCCAGGCUAACUUCUCUGGUGGCUACAAACCUUUCAACUUGGAGACAUGCAGGCUGAUGAUCAACAUGCUUGAUCGGGACAUGUCAGGACAGAUGGGCUUUAAUGAGUUUAAGGAGCUGUGGGCCGUGAUGAACGGCUGGAAGCAGCAUUUCAUGUCCAUCGAUAGAGACAUGAGCGGGACUGUGGAUGCACAGGAAAUGAACCAGGCCAUCUGCUCUAUGGGCUACAGAUUGAGCCCUCAAGCUAUGAAUAUCAUCGUAAAGCGCUACAGUACUCACGGGAAGAUCACCUUUGACGAUUAUGUUGCAUGCUGUGUUAAACUGAGAAGCUUGACUGGUGAGUCAGAUAUUUUCAGGCGAAGGGACCAGGCGCAACAAGGAGCAGCUACAUUUCAAUACGAUGACUUCAUCCAGUGCAUUAUGAGCACCUAAGAGCAUUCUCUCAAGCAGCGCACCAGAAUUUAUUCUUUUACAAGGGAAUUUCUAUUUACAAUGGAGUCAUCCUUUUUUUUUGUUUACAAUGGAUCCAUUUUAUAACUUGCCUUUUUGUUCUAGAAUAUAAUGCCUCUUUUUAAUAACUGCAUAUGUAUACAUUGCAACAUUUAAACAAAUAUAUUCUUUUUUAUUAACAGUUAUUUUAACAUACACUUGAAUCAGCUUGAAUGCUUGUUAUUACUGGAAUUGCAUUGUUAAUAAAGUGAAGGACCAAAG